GCAAUACACUCUCUAGCCGGCGGCGGCGCAGGCUCCACUCGCGAGUGAUGGACUCUAGCCAUGCACAGCGCGCUCACCACCAGCACGCCCAGCACAGCCAGCACCCUCACCACGCCCACCACGCCCAACAUGCCCGACACACGCUGCACACGCACUCGGCCAGCAGCUCGCUCGACGCGCACAACGAUGCCGCCCUCUGGCCCUCGCAGCAGCCCGUGCAGCCCGCGCACGCAGCACCACUGGCGCGCGGCCGCCAGCCCCGGGACGCGCUGGCCAAGACGGUGAGCUACAAUGUGUCGUCCAUGGCCGAGUUCGAGACGUCGCUCAGGGAUUACCUCGACAGCCCGCUGGAGCAGCCCGAGCACACCGAGGCGCAGCUGUCGUUUUGGAUCGGCGCGGUCUUCUUGGUGCCCGCCCCCGCUAUGGCUAUGACGGGUACGGCGCAGACACAACCACCACCACCACCGCAGCAGCAGCAGCAGCAGUCGCAGGCACCGUCGUCGCAGCUUGGUCAUGGCCGUGCGCUGUCGCAACACGGUCGUGCCCCGUCGCAGCAUGGCCAUGUCCACGCCCACGCACCCCCGGGCUACCAGCCGGCCAACGCCUACCAGUCCGUGUCAGACCCCGCCGUGACGCUGACCCUGCCCACCGCCGCCCCCAAAGACGCCACUGCCACCAGCACAACCACGACGAAGAAGCCCGGCCACCACGUCAGCCUGAGCAUCACGGCGGCGCUGCAGCCCACGGCCGACCCCAAGGACAAGAUGCGCAAGCAGCGCGCCAUUGCCAAGUGCUGCGUCGACGCCAUCCAGCGCAUCGACGGCUACCGCUACAGCUUCCACAACUGCUGGAACAGCCGCGAGGACGACAGCUUCCGCUUCUCCUACUACUGCAACGACUCGCUGCUCAACAAGGACCGCGCCGCCAACGGCAAGGGCGCCAAGCUGGGCAAGCGCGCCACAAAACCCGUCUACGACUGCAAGGGCGUCCUCUCGGUCAAGUUCUCCGCCACCAAGCAGACGCUCGACGUCUUCUACAAGCACGUGCCCGUCCACAAGACGUACGAGGAGCGCGCCCCGCCCCCGCGCAAGGACUCGAGACGCCGCAAGUUCCUCGAGGAGACGGACCCUGAUGCCUUGCUUAGGGCUGUGGCUCGCCCGAAGCCGCCCAGCGAAGACAGUCCAGACGCCAGCACCUCGCCCAAGCCCAAGAAGAAAAAGAUCAGGCCAGACGUUGCGAGGCCGUCCAACACGUCCCUCGAGAGCGACCUGAGGGCACAGAGCCUUCGAUCUCUGCUCGAGCUGAUCCAGGUCGACCCGCCCGUGUCGCCAGAAGCGUCUCCUUCUGAGCCGCCCCCGCCUCUGCCUGCGCAGCAACCUCCUCUCCUAGUCGAGUCGCCUAUCCAGCUUACCCAGGUCCAGGCAGCGCCGCAGCGAAGGAGACCAAGGAACAGCUGCGAUAUCUGCAAGGUCAAAAAGACAAAGUGCGACGGCGCGAAGCCCACAUGUCAGACCUGCGUCGACAGGAGACGGCAAUGCAUCUACUCGGAGUCCUCGUACGGAGACGACCGACGACCAUCAUCUGACGCCAACGACACGCUGCGCCAGGCCCAGGCUACGACCAUCGAGCUCACCGAGCUGGAGCAGAUGAAGAAAGAGCUCGAAGAAGCUAAAGCCCGGAUCCAGGAACUUGAGAGGGAGAAGCAGACAUCCACCACGCCUGUCCAGACGCCACGGAUAGCACCGCGGCCGCAGUCUCAACCCCAGCCUCAGCCCCAGCCCUCAACUCAAGGCCAGACACAACACCGGGCUCAAAACUCGCUUUCACAGACCCAACAUCACUCGCAGCAGCAGCAUCGCCAACAAGCUUCGACUCAGUCACACCGCCAGCAACUUCACCAGGGCCAGCGUGCGCACAAUAGCCCCCAGCAGACGGUGUAUAAACUGGAUAAUCAGCCAUCACAGCAGCAGCAGCAGCAGCAACAACAACCCCACCCCCCACAACAGCAGCUCCAAACCCCACAAUUACAACUACAACAACAACUCCAAUCCGCAGCCCAACAACAGCAACAACAACAACAACAACAAAAACCCCAACCCACACCACGCCCCCAACAACAACAACAACAACAACAACAGCAACAACAGCAGCAACAACAACAGCAACAACAACAACAACAGCAACACCUCCACCAAGCGCACCACUACUUCGAAACAACCCACCCAAACCACUCCCCCUACGCAGCAGCACUAACCCGCUCCCUCUCCCUCACCCAAACCCCCCAAACCACCCAAAACACCGCCAUCCCGCCCCGCCAACCCCAACCAAACCAGCAGGUCCACGCGCCGAAUCCAGCGCCCGCGCCGGCUGUCGAUGCGUUUGCCAGGGAGGAAUUCAAUUGGCAGCCCGCUGCGUAUUAUGGGUUUGGGGGUGGGCAGGCUCAGCAGCAGCAGCAGCAGCAGCAGCAGGAUCAGUGGGGGGCGGCGAGGGGGGCGGGGGGGUUUCGUUAG